ACAACCCACUUUUGCCGCCUUAGAUUACGGUUGUUUUGUGCCAUUCAUUAACGAACCUUUUUUCGACCGGGCUCUUGGUCCGGAAACUUUCACUUAUGACACCCUUAAUAUAUAUUUUGCUUUUUUGGGUUGGUUUUGUCAGCAGUAGAACGAUACAGUUCUACAUUGAGCCAGCACAAAAACAAAAUCCAACGUACGUGCAGCAAUUAGUAGAAGGAAGUCUGAAACGAGUUCAGCAUGGUAUGAACUUAACCGCAUCGGUCAGCAUGGUAUAUGAUGGAGGCCAUUACAUUGUUGUUGAUUCACCAUCCGCAACGGAUGUUCAUUCGAAAGAGCUCAUGUUAAAGGGAAUUGCGUCAAGAAACAUUGUGCCGGGUGAAAUACAAUAUGUGGUCACUACUCAUGGACAUCCUGAUCACUUUGGGCAAGGGAACUUUUUUCCAAAUGCGAGACACUUUUUUGGGAGUUAUGAGUAUUCCGAUACUAACUUCAUUUCUACAGAACUUCACACGAAGGAUAUCAUGCAACUAACAAAAAACGUUCAACUCUGGAACACCCCUGGUCACACUGCUCAAGAUGUGACAGUCAUGGUGCACAACGUCUCGUGUUGCGGAAUAAUUGCGGUUGCUGGUGACCUGUUCUACAACGAAGAGGAUGCCAACGAGGCGGCAGGUAUCUGGUUUCAAGAAGCAUGGAACCCAAUAAUUGGAAAGAUUAGUCGGAAUAAGGUGAUCUGCUAUGCCGACUAUGUUAUUCCGGGUCACGGCAAACUUUUCCGUAUCACGCAGGAGAUGAAAAAUGGAGCCGAUUGUUUUACGAAAUACGAGACAACUCUAGAUGACAACAAAACUGUUCAGUCAUCUCCUCAAUUCCAAAAUUCAAUCGAGCAGGUUAUUCGAAAACCUGCCGAAACCUUAUUUUCAUCUGCCAACUCAGUAUCAUUCAAUUAUAUUGGCUCACCAUCCACGUCUGCUUCCUCAAGCACCCGGGCAAUAGAAACCACAACUGCUUACUCUGAUUCUACUACAACAACAUUCUACACUGUUGAUCUUACCGCAGAAACCCCAUCCACAUUAGAAUCUGAUAUAAUAUUCAACUCACAAGAAAACCUGCCACCGCUGGGCAUGAAAAUCAAAAAGAAUGCCAAUUAUAUCGAACUUCCAGAUUUAUCCGGUGAUGUUCACCCAAUGGUUCAAUCUUUUGCAAAAAAAGUUUCUGAUGUUUUGAAACAACCCCAAAACGAAGCUGAAAUUUCAAAAAUGAUGCCGCAUUUAAAAAAAUGGCAAACAACCCUAACGAAACUUUGGAAGCAAUACAUGAAUGCAAAUUAGUGUGGGUGCAGAAAGAAAAAGUGAUGUCAAUUAUUUAUUGAAUAUUUAUUUAUAUAAUUUUUUUGAAAUUCAAUUGUCAAUAAAA